AUGUCGUUACAACAGGUUGAUCCUCCAAGUCGAUCUGGUGGUGGUGGAAUGUCAAAACUAGCACAGUUGGCUCAAAAGAGAGCUUUACAGAAUAAUACCACCAGUAAUGUCGAUCAAUCAGAACUGAAUGAUGAAUCAGAUAUUACUCCAGUUAAGCCUGUGUCAAAGUUAAGUGCAUUGGCUAGAGCAAGAGCUUCGAAAGCUAGUAAUAAUUCAAAGUCAUUAGAGACUGAUGGUAGUAAUAAAUCAAUCGCUAUUUUGGAUCGAUUACGAUCUUCAACUAAUACUAGUGCUCCUCCAACCAUGAAUUCUACACCGUUGGCUAGUUUGUUGACUAGUAAACGUGAAGGAUUAUCCAUACGAUCAAACUUGACUAAAAAAGUUAAUCCUAUACGACUUUCACCACCAUCACCACCUCCACCAAAGACUCAAAACAUUAUGGUAUCAGAUAAUGUUACGACUAAAGAGGAAGAUACAUCUGUUCAAUUAACCUAUGAUGUAUCUUUAGAUAAUAGUAUCAUUUCAACUAAUCCAGUUAAUUCCAUUUCAAGCUUUUUAUUCAAGCGGAAACUCUCAUCAUCUGAACACUUAGAAACAGAAGAUAUAGAACAAGAUCAAAUCAAUUCAAAGAGAAGGCGACAAGAUCAAUUAUUUUAUCCAAUUACUAACUUUGAAAUUCAAAAUUUAGAAAAAUUAGAAAAAGUAAAACAAAACUUUACUCAACUUUCACCUGAUGAUAAAAUUUUACAAGCUCAACAUAAUGCCUUUAAUGAUAAUUUUCAAAAUCUUAAAGUAACCAAACCUACCUCAACUGGAACCACUACUCCUCCAAAAUCCGCUAGUAAAUCAAGCAAAUCUUUAAAUAUCGAAUCAGAAUUGGCAUCUAAUAAAACCUAUGCCAAACCUCAUAAAUCAUUCGUGGUGAUAGGGCAUGUCGAUGCUGGUAAGUCGACAUUAAUGGGGCGUAUGCUUUUAGAUUAUGGUAUUGUUGAUGCUAAAACAGUGGAUAAAUUAGUCAAAGAAUCUAUGAGAGUAGGUAAAGGAUCGUUUGCAUUAGCUUGGAUUCUAGAUCAAACUGAAGAAGAAAGAAGUCAUGGUGUUACAGUUGAUAUUUGUGCUACUGAUUUUGAAACUUCAACUACAAGAUUCACAGCUAUUGAUGCUCCAGGUCAUAAAGAUUUCGUACCCCAAAUGAUUGGAGGUUUAUCCCAAGCUGAUUUAGGUCUCUUGGUGGUUGAUUCUAUUCAAGGUGAAUUUGAAAGUGGAUUCGCUAUGGAUGGUCAAACUAAAGAACAUACCAUUUUAGCUAAAAAUUUAGGCAUUGAAAAAUUAUGUAUUGCCAUUAAUAAAUUAGAUAAAGAAGAUUGGAGUGAAGAUAGAUUCAAUCAUAUUAAAUCUGAAUUAACUGAAUACUUAACUAGUGAUGAAGUUCAAUUCACUUCAGAUCAACUUGAUUUCAUUCCAAUUUCAGGAUUGACCGGUAAUAAUGUGGUUAAACGUGAUUCAACCAUCGCAUCAUUUUCAUGGUAUAAAGGUCCUACCUUAGGGGAAUAUUUAGAAACGAUUAAAUUAUCCACUAAUCUUGAUUCCAAACAAUUAAUCGAUGAAGAAUUCUUUUUAACCGUUAGUGAUUCAUAUAAAGAUAAAGGGGAAUUAAAAGUAACCGGGAAAGUGAUUAGUGGGAUCAUUCAAUCAGGUGAUUCUAUCAUAUCAUUACCUAGUGAAGUCAAAUUACCUAUUCAAUCCCUUUAUGUGGCUAAUAAAAAGAUGGAUUUUGCUAUUAAUGGUGAAGUAGUACAAUUAACUUUCAAAGCAAGUCAAGUUAGUAAUGAUAAUGUGGAUCCAUUCAGAAUAGGGGAUUUAGUAGCUAAGGCCGAUAUUGUUGGUGGUGGUUCAAUCAAAUCAUUAAAGAAGUUUACGGUAUCGUUACAUUUAUUCAAUAUGGAUAAACCUUUAUUGGUGGGAAUGCCAUUUGUAUUAUUUAGAAAUAAUUGCCAAGUUCCAGCUAGAAUAACGAAAUUAAUUGAAGUAACUUCAGCUCAAGGUAAAAAGAAAAAGAAGAAUUUGUUACAUCUUGUAUCUAAACAAACUGCCAUUGUUGAAGUUGAAAUUGAAGGUUCUUCUUCAUUACCAUUAACUAAAUACACUGAUAAUAAAACUCUUGGUAGAAUCGUUAUAAGAAGAGAAGGUGCCACCAUUGGUGCCGGUACAGUGGUGGACUAUUAA